UUCCACUUGGUGUUUCUCUCUCCUUCUCUCUGAGACUCUAACGCCUGCCACCUCUCACACAUUUUCUCUCUCUACCGCUUGUCGCUACUGCCCCCUCUCUCUCUCUCUCAUAUUUUCUCUCUCUACGGCUUAGUGGCUAUUGCCCCUCCUCUCUCUAUACUUUUGCAGGCCGAUUCAACGUCCUGCAAAUCAGAAACCCUAAUUUCUGAAUGAUUUAUCCAUCCAGAUCCUAAAUCAUCUCCCACAAUUUCGUUGCCUUCUCUCACUUUAUAUCUUUGUAUCUUCUGUCUGUACCCUAACAAGUCCCAGAGACUAAGUCCCUUUGUCUCUUUUAAAUGCCCUAACUCUCUCUCUCAAUUUCUCUCUGUUAAUCCCUCUCUUUCUAAUGGAUUCAAACAAUGGGCACUGUGCUUGUGUGCACUCUUUGGAUCACCAUGAGACGAAGCAAAAUGGAGACAGAAGCUCAAGUUUCGCCCCAAACCCUAAAAAGCCCAAACUAACAGCUCCACAAGUUGCAGAAGCUCAAGAGUCAGAAGCUUCCCUUGUUCAAGCAGAAUUCGCUCACCAUGAAUCAGGCGUUGCGCGUAUAAACAAUGGAAGUUUUGGGAGUUGCCCCAAUUUUGUCCUCAAAGCCCAGUGUGAAUGGCAGAAGAUCUAUCUUCAACAUCCAGACAGGUUCUACUUCGGUCCAUUACAACAAGGGAUCCUCCAGUCUAGAAAGGUCAUCGCAGAGCUUGUAAAUGCUUCAUCAAUUGAAGAAAUAUCCAUUGUUGAUAAUGCAACAACAGCUGUUGCAAUAGUGUUGCAGAAGACUGCUUGGGCAUUCAUGGAGGGAAAAUACAAUAGAGGAGAUGCAGUUGUGAUGCUUCAUUAUGCAUAUGGAGCUGUUAAAACAGCAAUCCAAGCCUAUGUGAAACGAGCAGGUGGGUCUAUAAUCGAGGUAGAGUUGCCGUUUCCAGUUAGUUCUGAUAAAGAAAUUGUAGAUAGUUUCAGAAAAGCAUUGGCAGAGGGGAAAUCGGGCGGUCGAAGAGUGAGAUUAGCUGUUAUCGAUCAUAUAACUUCGAUGCCUAGUGUGUUGAUUCCAGUAAAGGAAUUGACAAGAAUUUGUAGAGAAGAAGGUGUUGACCAGGUCUUUGUAGACGCUGCUCAUGCCAUAGGUAGUAUUGAUAUUGAUCUUCAAUCUAUUGGGGCUGAUUUUUAUACUAGUAAUUUGCACAAAUGGUUCUUUUGCCCUCCAGCUGUUGCUUUUUUGUAUUGUAAGAAGCUUUCUCAAUCAGAUAUGCAUCACCCAAUUGUUUCUCAUGAAUAUGGCAAUGGAUUGGCCAUUGAAAGUGCUUGGAUUGGGACAAGGGACUAUAGCUCUCAGCUUGUUGUGCCUUCUGUGCUUGAAUUUGUAAAGAAAUUUGAAGGUGGGCUUGAAGGGAUUAUGAAGAGGAAUCAUGAUAACGUUGUUUUGAUGGGGAAAAUGUUGGCUGAUGCUUGGGGAACCAAACUCGGUACAACACCAGAGAUGUGUUCUAGUAUGAUAAUGAUUGGGUUGCCUGCUUGUUUGAAGGUUCUGAGUGAAAUGGAUGCAUUGAAUUUGAGGACCCACUUGAGGGAAAAUUAUGGUGUGGAAGUUCCUGUGUAUUAUAAACAACCGAGAGAUGGGGUUGAAGAGGAAUGUGCUGUUGGGUAUGUGAGGAUAUCACACCAAAUUUAUAAUGUUGUAGAAGACUAUUACAAGCUGAGAGAUGCAAUAAAGCAGCUUGUUGCUGAUUCAUUUGAUUGUGGGAAGCUCGGGGCUGCAUAAGAAGAUUUUUGUAACUCUUUGAAGUAGCUCGCAAGCAGGGCCAGAGAAAGAGAGAAAAGGAGGCAACUGUGCACAUUUAUAUUAAUUCCAACUUUAGUACCAAUGUAUGGCUUUAGAGCUAACAGAUGCUUGUAAAUACUUUUUAACAUUGAGUGGGGUUAUAAACUUCAGCAUGCUUGGUGCCCAUCCAAAGGUGAAUAAAAUGUUAUCUGCUCGAUAACCAUGGAACUUUAUCUGUAAUGUACUCUGUCAUGAAUAUUUUUAAACCCGUGAAUUUGCUAUAGAGAGCCAUGCAUUUUUCUUGGA